AUGCACCAAAGCAGCAGCAACGUGUCUAUAAUCUAUUUCUUAUCCCCACAACCAGGUCCACCACUCUCCUCAUCCUCCUCCACCUCCACCUCCACCUCCACCUCCUCCUCCUCCUUCCAUAUAUCUUUUAAACUAAAAGAUGACGACUCCCGCCGUAUCAAGAACCUUCCUGUAGGUGGGACCUACAAGUUGAGCUUCCCCAGGGACCUUCCGGAGUCCCUCCAAACCUCCACCUUCAAGCACGGAAUCAGAUUAUCUAGCGGCUUCGCCGCAUCACCACCCUUUACCACGUCGCAUAGCAAAACCCUAGCGCUCCCCACAAGCUUCUCCCAUUGGACACGAGAGUGA